AUGACCAAGUGGGCCGUUGAGCUGGCCGAGCACGACCUUAGCUACCGGUCUCGCACCGCGAUCAAGGCUCAGGUCUUGGCAGACUUCCUGGCUGAGGGGGCUAACUUAAGACUGGCCGAGCUAGAACCAGCACCUGCGGAUGCCCAGACGGAGGAACCAUGGGUGCUGUUCGUGGAUGGUGCCUCGAGCAAGGAGGGGAGCGGAGCUGGCCUACUGCUCACCUCGCCUACCGGUGAAGAGCUGACCUACGCUCUUAGGUUUGAUUUCCCAGCGUCUAACAACGAGGCAGAGUACGAGGCCCUGUUGACGGGACUGCGGAUAGCCCACCAGAUGGGCAUCACCGCGAUCAGAGUUCGGAGCGACUCUCAGCUCGUCGUCCUCCAGGUUCGCGGGGAGUAUGAAGCCAAGGACGAUGUCAUGAAAAAAUACCUGGCUAAGGUACGGGAGGUAGUAGCCCUGUUCGGGACCUUUGAAAUCGAGCGGGUGCCAAGGUCCCAGAACAAGCGGGCAGACGCCCUUUCAAAAUUGGCAUCCUCCUCAUUUGCCCAUCUGAGUAAGGAGGUCUUGGUAGAGGUGGUGAAGCAGAAAAGUAUCGAUCAGGUUCAGGUCCUGGCUAUAGAUAGCCCGGCUACCUGGAUGACGCCCCUUAUUGACUUCCUCAGCUCGGGUGCCCUCCCUGGGAACAAAACCGAGGCUCGCCGAAUCCAGAUCCGAGCUACCAAGUACGCCUACGCCGGGGGAACCCUCUACAGGAGGUCGUACUUGUCCCCCUGGCUAAAGUGUGUGACGCCCGAGGAAGGUGACUACGUUCUGCGUGAGAUCCAUGAAGGUAUAUGUGCGGCACAUGUGGGGUCCCGGGUGUUAGCCAAAAAGUGCCUACUUUUGGGCUACUAUUGGCCCUCCGUCUUCCGAGACGCAGCAGACCUGGUCCAGAAAUGCCGAGCUUGCCAAGUGCACGCUUCGUUGCGCCAUCAGCCAGCUCGGGAGAUGGUCCCCUUCCACAGUCCUUGGCCCUUUGUUCAAUGGGGGAUAGACCUCCUGGGUCCCUUCCCCCGAGCCCCAGGAAGGUAUGAGCACCUCGUGGUGGCAAUAGACUACUUCACAAAGUGGGUAGAAGCGGAGCCCCUGGUCUCCAUCUCUGGAAAGGCAAUUCAGAAAUUCUUCUGGAGGAACAUAGUGUGUCGCUUCGGGAUUCCGCACGUCCUGAUAUCCGACAACGGCCGCCAGUUCGCCGAGAACCCUUUCCGGAGCUGGUGCGCUGAGCUCGAAAUUCACCAACACUUCACGUCGGUCGGUCACCCCCAAGCCAAUGGCCAGGUGGAGAACGCUAACCGAACUGUUCUGCAAGGGUUAAAGACUAGACUGGGGUCCGCCCAAUCGAGCUAG